AUGACUCGCUCUCUUCAUGGUUCGGUUGUUCUCGUAACAGCCGGUACAUCUGGUCUCGGUCUCUGUGUGGCGGAGAAGUUGAUCCAAGCAGGCGCCUCAGUGGUCAUCAAUUACGCCAACAAUGAAGAACGAGGCCACGAUGCUUUCGUACACCUGAACGAACUAGCUUCGAAAUGUUUCUCGCCGGAUACUGGACCGCGAUGUUUGAAGAUAAAGGCUGAUGUGACCAACAAGGCAGGCAUUCAAGAGUUGGUCAACCAGACGGUACUUGCCAUGGGGAGAAUUGAUGUCGUGGUGUCAAAUGCUGGAUGGACCAGAUUUGCGAAUUUCCACGACAUUGACGAUAACGUUGAUGAGGAAGUUUGGGAUCGCUGCUAUGCGGCUAAUGUCAAGUCGCACAUGUUCCUCUGUCACGCAGUGAAGAAAUAUCUGGAAGAGGCUAAAGGUGCAUUUGUUAUGACUGCUUCUGUCGCGGGAGUUAAGCCUAGCGGAAGUUCAAUCGCAUAUUCUGUUACCAAAGCUGCGCAAAUCCAUCUAGCAAAGACUUUGGCAACAGUUAUGGCGCCAUCAAUUCGUGUCAACUCUGUGUCAACCAGCUUCAUGGAGACAAAUUGGAUUGCCAAUAUGCCGCAAUCAAAGAUCGACGAUGCACGAGAAAAGACUCUACUCAAGCAGAUCGCCAAAGUUGAGGACGUCGCGGAACAGAUUAUCUUGCUCAUCAAAUCGGAAUCCGUGACUGGAUCCAAUGUUGUCAUUGAUGCCGGGUUUUCUAUCUAG